AGUUGACAGCUGACCUCAAAUAGAACAGAAUUUGAACACAUUCAUAAGGAAAUCUCUCUCUCUCACUUUCUCACUUGCUCUCUCGUGUGCGCACAUUUAAUAGUUGCGUUUUGUAUUAGGGGUCUGUUUUCUUGUGAGGUAUAGUUUUUAGCAGAUGCCGCCUGGCGACCGGCGACGUAGGUUAACAAAGCAGUUCACCAUACAAGAAAACGGACGCCUAUUUCUUUUUUCCUGCACCUUUUCGACAACUUCAUCACCAGCAUCGACAACACAGUAUAAUACCGAACCAAACACAGUUCUCCCAGAAAAAGGCAGGCAGGCAUGCAGGCAGACCUGCAGACAGACAAACAGACUGUGAAUUCUCCAGUACGUUUUGCUGUAAAUCAACAUAGGGACAUGCUCCAAGAUGCUGGACCAUUUUUGAAAAGGAUGUGUAGUGUGAGGCUGUGUUGUCUAGGUGUCUGAUGUCUACCGGGGGUCAUGAUUCAGACUGGAGCAGAUCCUGCCGGACCAACCAAAGAAGCGUUGUCGGUGGUGAGUGAAGACCAGUCACUGUUCGAGUGUGCUUACGGAACUUCCCAGCAUCCCAAGACGGAGAUGACGGCGUCUUCGGCCAGCGAUUACGGCCAGGCAGCCAAGAUGAGCCCUCGGGUAAACCAGCAGGACUGGCUGUCCCAGCCCCCUGCUCGUGUCACCAUCAAGAUGGAGUGCAACAGUGGCCAGCUCAACGGAAACAGGACCUCUGCGGACAGCUGCGGAGGGGGGAAGGUGGCAAAGCUGGCCAGUGGAGGAGGUGGGGCAGAGAGCACAACCCCUGUGAGCUACGGCAGCUACAUGGAGGACAAACACAUUUCUCCUCCAAACAUGACCACCAACGAGCGUAGGGUCAUUGUUCCCGCAGACCCUACUCUGUGGUCCACGGAGCAUGUGCGCCAGUGGCUUGAGUGGGCAGUGAAGGAGUACGGCCUGCUGGAUGUGGACACCGCUCUCUUCCACAACGUGGAUGGCAAGGAGCUCUGCAAGAUGAGCAAGGAGGACUUCCAGAGGCUCACGCUCAGCUACAACGCUGACAUCCUGCAAUCCCACCUGCACUACCUCAGAGAGACUCCACUUCCUCACUUGACUUCCGAUGAUGUUGACAAAGCCUUACAAAACUCGCCACGGUUAAUGCAUGCUCGCAACACAGGAGGGGCGAGUUUCAUCUUCCCCAACGCUCCAGUUUAUCCCACUGACUCCCCCAGAGUGCCUGUCAGGGCAGACUUGUCAUACGAAGCAUCCAGAAGGUCUGGAUGGCCUCCACAAGCUGUGCCUUCUACCAAAGGUUCCCAGACAUCCCCUGCCAUUGUGACCAAAACAGAGGAACAGAGGCCACAGCUAGAUCCCUAUCAGAUUCUGGGACCAACAAGUAGCAGGCUGGCUAACCCAGGUUCUGGUCAGAUCCAGCUGUGGCAGUUCCUGCUGGAGCUUCUGUCAGACAGCGCGAACUCCAGCUGCAUCACCUGGGAGGGCACCAACGGGGAGUUCAAGAUGACCGACCCAGACGAGGUGGCGAGGCGCUGGGGCGAGCGCAAGAGCAAGCCCAACAUGAACUACGACAAGCUGAGCCGCGCGCUGCGCUACUACUACGACAAGAACAUCAUGACCAAGGUGCACGGCAAACGCUACGCAUACAAGUUCGACUUCCACGGCAUCGCCCAGGCUCUACAGCCCCACCCCCCGGAAUCUUCUAUGUACAAGUACCCUUCUGACCUGUCCUACAUAAGCACCUACCACCCCCACCAGCAGAAAGUCAACUUUGUCACGCCCCAUCCUCAGGCACUCCCAGUCUCCUCUUCCAGCUUCUUUGCCACCCCCAACCCUUACUGGAACUCCCCCACAGGUGGUCUCUACCCCAACACGAGGCACCCAGCGGCACACAUGCCCUCCCAUCUGGGAACCUACUAUUAGACCUACCAGAAGGAGGUCAUUCAGGGUGCUACAUUAAUGGUGAACCUGAAUAAAUAAACUGGAUGAAAACAAGGCAGAGAUGGGGCUUAAUCCGCCUUUAUCAAAGGGGAAAUUAUCAACAAAGAAGAACGAUGGAAAGUAGGGUAAAUGCUGUAACACUAGGACAUGAGCUGAAGAGGAAGACUAACGUUUUUUAAAGGAAUAAGAGAAGGGAUAAGAGAAUGUAAAUAAAUAACGAUAUAAGUCGAUGAUCAAAAUCGAUGACCAGUGGUAUAGAAUGCUUAAACGAACAGGCAUUAUGGGAAGUAUGGGACAUAUGGGAAAGGAAGAUUAGUAAAGAUAAGUAGACAUACAAGGUAGUUGUAAGUGGACAACAUUACAAAAUCAAGUUAUUUUAAAAUAAAGAGCGAUACAUAUAUAAAAACAUACAAUAGCUGCAUGAAUAGUUACUUUUACACAUGCGUUUAAACUAUUAGACCACCUUAUUUAAAGAAGUAAACAUAUCAAAGAUUGUAAUGAUAAAGGGAGAUGAGAGAAGGUGAGAAAAGGAUUACGGGCGUUUGUGAUACUUUGUGUGCACAGAUUGAUAAAGGAUGGGUAGCUGUUGAAAAACUGUGAACAAAGCACGUACAG